AUGGGCAAUCCGUUUUCGAAAAUUGAUCACAAUCAUCAGUGUAAAAAAAGAAAAAAAAGCGAUGCUUUUGAAAGCAUCGUUAGCGAGUCAUCACAACAUAUUAUCGCUAUUAAUACAAACUAUUUUCUGCCUAACGAUGAAAACGAAAUAUUGAGGCUCCAAUUACAACAUUACCUUGUACGAUUUGCAUGGGAAUCGAAUUUUUCAAGUCCAAUGAUUCAAAGAUUGACUGAAGGAGCAAAAGUAUUAGAUGUUGGGAUAUUAGAAUUGGCCACAGAUUAUCCGGUUUCAUCGUUUGUUGGCAUAGACAUCACGCCAAUGUAUCCGACCGUUGUAAAACCAAAAAACGUAAAAUUCCAAAUAGAGAAUAUUCUUGAUGAAUUAUCUUCUCCUAAUGAUACAUACGAUUUUGUUCAUAUACGGUUCUUGUCCACCGCAUUCACAACAGACCAAUGGGUGAAUACGGUUAUUCCGGAAUUAAUUCGUGUGUGUCGUCCAGGCGGUUUUAUAGAGUUUAUGGAAUCGGAUAGCAAAUUGAUUAACGCGGGCCCAACUAUUGAAUACAUCACGGAAUCAUUGACAUCAUUUAUGGCCACUAAAGGAAUGCAGGGAAACAUUGCUCCUUAUUUACCAUCUUAUCUCACUCAAACAAAGAAGUUAUCUGGAAUACAUUGUGAAAAUAAAUCGAUUCCUACCGGUAAAUGGGGAGGUAAACUCGGAGAUUUGGGAGAACAAGUAAUGAAAUUGACAUUUGAAGUAGGAAAAAUCCCUCUUUCGUCAUAUCUGAAAAUAACACACGAAAAAUAUGACACUUUAGCGCGGUCAGCUACGCGCGAAUUAAACGAAUAUAGACCGCUACUUCCCACUUGUCGUAUAUGGGCUGAAAAAUUAUAG